UACCAGGUUAGUGAUUCCCCUGAAUUAAAUGCCAUAACGCAACUUUACCUCGCGCGGGACGUAUGUGUGUAUGAGUGUUUAUUUUAUUUAAUGAAACACACACGUAGGCAGUAAAUAAGAGCUGAAACAGCGGCGUGUGGAGGAAGUGUACACCGAGCAGUGUUGUUAUGAAGGUAAUAAAGAAAGAAAAGACGUGCCGCGCCCUGUAACUUCACUUCCUCUAGCUCAGGUCAUGGAGUGAUCAGGAGAGAUGAGACACGCGGGCUAGAAGAGUAUCUGCUUUGUUUGGUUUUAUCUGUGGAGAACCGUGCGACCUGAAGCUCCAUGACUCUCACCACUCCACUGCCCAUCAUCCCUUUCACCUAUCAGGUGUGAUCGAUCAACACGCCACAGACCCCACACCCAGCCGAUCACACGACACCGUCCAUCCUCCAUCCCUGCCUCGUCCCGUCCUCUGGGAGAGCGGAAUCCAACAUGGCCGCUGUCAUCACAGCGACAGUGGCCACUUCCCCUGCGUGUCCCAAUUAUACAGUUGAGGAUUACUACAACUUGACCCAGAAGCUUAUCUCGAAAGAUUGGCGUCCAAAGGAUUAUGCCGUGGUGACUCUGGGACUGAUUGUGAGCUGCUUCAUCAUUGUGACUAACAUCCUGGUCAUGGCUGCCAUCUUUAUGAACCGACGCUUCCAUUACCCCAUCUACUACCUGCUGGGGAACCUGGCGGCGGCCGACCUGUUCGCCGGGAUCUCCUACAUGCACCUGAUGUUCCACACUGGGCCCUGGACUGCUAAACUCACUGUGUACCAGUGGUUCCUCAGACAGGGUCUGAUUGAUACGAGUCUAACUGCAUCGGUCAUCAACCUGAUGGCCAUCGCUUUAGAAAGACACCAGACCAUCUUCACCAUGCAGCUCCACAGUAAGAUGACCAACACGCGGGUGGUCCUGCUGAUUCUGGGCAUCUGGACAGUUGCUGUGCUCAUGGGUCUGAUCCCCAGCAUGGGCUGGAACUGCCUCUGCGACACUGGUAACUGCUCCAAGAUGGCACCCAUGUACAGCCGCACCUACUUGGUGUUCUGGGCUGUGCUCAACCUGCUGUCCUUCAGUGUCAUGGUGCUGGUCUAUACCCGCAUCUUCAUCUACGUCCGGCACAAGAGCCAGCGCAUGAGCCAACAUACGGUGCAGAACAAACACAAAGAGACCGUGGAGAACCUGAUGAGGACCAUCUUUGUUAUUCUGGGGUGUUUUGUGGUGUGCUGGACUCCGGGUCUGGUGCUGCUGCUGCUGGACGGUGUGAAAUGUAAUUGCGGCGUGCUCACUGUAGAGAAGUUCGUCAUGAUCCUGGCAGAGUUAAAUUCAAUGAUGAACCCCAUCAUCUACUCGUACCGUGACCAGGACAUGCGGAACACAUUUAAGCGCAUCCUGUGCUGGCUGUGUUUCCGGCGAGGACAGAUGGGCCAGCAUGCUGAUGUCCACUUCAACACGCUCACCCAAGAGGUGAACAGGAAUAAAGAUGCAGGUGAAAACCCCACACUGCUGCUUCAAGACUCAAGGAAAAUGAAAAACUCGACUAAAACCCAACUACUGAAAGCUCAAAAACCCCCCAAGAGUGUGCAAAACUCCUAAAAGUAAACACACCCUGCUGACAACAAACACCAGCGACACCCAGUGGACAAUCCAGUGCUGUAGUUUGAGCUAAACGUGUUCAUAUCAAUUAAAAAUUAUUCUUGCAAAAUCGCAAUUUACUGUUUGUCAUGUAAUGAAGUCAUAUUUAUUUUAAUGGUGUGUGUGUGUGUGUGUGUGUGUGUGUGUGUGUGUGUCUUUUAAAAGUGGGUAUUCUGCGUAUAAACCGAUGUAAUAUAAAUACAUACAUUCAGAAAACACAUGAAUACUUAAUGUUAUAAAUAAUAUGUAAAUACAUUUUAAAUGCAAAGAGAAAUAAAAUAUGAUUAGAAUGCA